GCCCGCCCCGGGCCGCCCCGCCGGCCCCGGGUCCGAGCCAUGCGCCGCUGACCGCCCUGCGCGCCCCCACCCCGGAGCGUACCCGGGCCCCGGCCCCCCCGCCCGGCGCCGCCCAUGGCCGAGCCCCCCCCGCGCCGCCUUGGCCUGGCCCCCCCGCCCGGGGACGCCCCCCGCGCCGAGCUGGUGGCGCUCACAGCCGUGCAAAGCGAGCAGGGCGAGGCGGGCGGGGGCGGCUCCCCGCGCCGCCUCGGCCUCCUGGGCAGCCCCCUGCCGCCGGGCGCGCCCCUCCCUGGGCCGGGCUCGGGCUCGGGCUCCGCCUGCGGCCAGCGCUCCUCGGCCGCGCACAAGCGCUACCGCCGCCUGCAGAACUGGGUCUACAACGUGCUGGAGCGACCCCGCGGCUGGGCCUUCAUCUACCACGUCUUCAUAUUUUUGCUGGUCUUCAGCUGCCUGGUGCUGUCCGUGCUGUCCACUAUUCAGGAGCACCAGGAACUUGCCAACGAGUGUCUCCUCAUCUUGGAGUUCGUGAUGAUAGUGGUGUUUGGCCUGGAGUACAUCAUCCGGGUCUGGUCUGCUGGAUGCUGCUGCCGCUACCGAGGAUGGCAGGGCCGCCUUCGCUUUGCCAGAAAACCCUUCUGUGUCAUCGACUUCAUCGUGUUCGUGGCCUCAGUGGCCGUCAUCGCCGCGGGCACGCAGGGCAACAUCUUUGCCACGUCUGCCUUGCGCAGCAUGCGCUUCCUGCAGAUCCUGCGCAUGGUGCGCAUGGACCGGCGCGGCGGCACCUGGAAGCUGCUCGGCUCGGUGGUCUACGCGCACAGCAAGGAGCUGAUCACCGCCUGGUACAUCGGGUUCCUGGUGCUCAUCUUCGCCUCCUUCCUGGUCUAUCUGGCCGAGAAGGACGCCAACUCCGACUUCUCCUCCUACGCAGACUCGCUCUGGUGGGGGACGAUUACACUGACGACCAUCGGCUAUGGUGACAAGACUCCCCACACAUGGCUGGGGAGGGUCUUGGCUGCUGGCUUCGCCUUACUAGGCAUCUCCUUCUUUGCCUUGCCUGCUGGCAUCCUUGGCUCCGGCUUUGCCCUGAAGGUGCAGGAGCAGCACCGGCAGAAGCACUUCGAGAAGCGGAGGAUGCCAGCGGCCAACCUCAUCCAGGCUGCGUGGCGCCUGUACUCCACUGACACGAGCCGGGCCUACCUGACGGCCACCUGGUACUACUACGACAGUAUCCUCCCAUCCUUCAGAGAGCUGGCCCUCUUGUUUGAGCACGUGCAACGGGCCCGCAAUGGGGGCCUACGGCCCCUGGAGGUGCGGCGGGCGCCAGUACCUGACGGAGCGCCCUCCCGUUACCCGCCCGUUGCCACCUGCCACCGGCCGGGCAGCGCCUCCUUCUGCCCUGGGGAAAGCAGCCGAAUGGGCAUCAAAGACCGCAUCCGGAUGAGCAGCUCCCAGCGGCGGACGGGCCCCUCCAAGCAGCACCUGGCACCUCCGCCGAUGCCUGCCUCCCCGAGCAGCGAGCAGGUGGGUGAGGCCACCAGCCCCACCAAGGUGCAGAAGAGCUGGAGCUUCAAUGAUCGCACUCGCUUCCGGGCAUCACUGAGACUCAAACCCCGCACCUCUGCGGAGGAGGGCCCCCCGGAGGAAGUGGCAGAGGAGAAGAGCUACCAGUGUGAGCUCACAGUGGACGAUGUCAUGCCUGCUGUGAAGACGGUCAUCCGCUCCGUCAGGAUCCUGAAGUUCCUGGUGGCCAAAAGGAAAUUCAAGGAGACGCUGCGACCGUACGACGUGAAAGACGUCAUCGAGCAGUACUCGGCAGGGCACCUGGACAUGCUGGGCCGGAUCAAGAGCCUGCAGGCUCGGGUGGACCAGAUUGUGGGCCGGGGCCCCGGGGACCGGAGGGCCCGAGAGAAGGGCGACAGGGGGCCCUCGGACUCGGAGGCGGUGGAUGAAAUCAGUAUAAUGGGACGCGUGGUCAAGGUGGAGAAGCAGGUGCAGUCCAUCGAGCACAAGCUGGACUUGCUGUUGGGCUUCUACUCGCGCUGCCUGCGCUCUGGCACCUCGGCCAGCCUGGGCGCCGUGCAAGUGCCGCUCUUCGACCCCGACAUCACCUCUGACUACCACAGCCCUGUGGACCACGAGGACAUCUCCGCCUCCGCACAGACACUAAGCAUCUCCCGCUCGGUCAGCACCAACGUGGACUGAGGGGCUUCUCAGGGACGGGGCAGCACUCGGCCAGC